AUGGCUACCAGUGCUAGUGACAAGAUUUACAAGAUCAUCAAUGCCAGACUCUUGAUCGACCACAAGAUUGUUGAGAAUUCCUAUUUAUGGUUCCAAAACGGAAAGAUUAUUCAUCCUCAAAACCUUUUCUUCAAUGAAAUGCGUGAUGCCGAUGAAAUUAUUGAUGCCAAGGGUCUUUUAGUUGUUCCUGGUUUCAUCGAUACUCAAAUCAAUGGUGCUUACGGUAUUGACUUUGCCGAUUAUGAAGAACCUGAGGAAGUCUUGAAGGCCAACAUUGAUAAGGUUGCUAAGGGUCUUUUAAAGUAUGGUUGUACUGCUUUCUGUCCCACCGUUGUCAGCUCUGACGCUGCUGUCUAUUCUAAGGUUCUUCCUUUGUUGAACCGUCGUAAGGGUUCUGCUAAGGGUGGUGCUGAAAUUUUAGGUGCCCAUGUUGAAGGUCCUUUCAUUUCUGAACAGAAGAAGGGUGCUCACAAGCCUCAAGUUUUAAGAACUGCCAAGAACGGUAUCAAGGAUUUCGAUGAAGCUUAUGGUCCCGAACUUAAGAAGGGUAGCGAAGCUGUCAGUAUCAUCACCCUUGCUCCCGAAAUUGAAGGUGUUUGCGACGCCAUUCCUGACCUUGUUGCACGUGGUAUUACCGUCUCCAUGGGUCACUCUUCUUGCCGUAUUGCUGAUGCCGAAAAGGCUGUUACUAAGGGUGCUAAUGAUAUCACUCACUUGUUCAAUGCUAUGCCUGCUUUCCACCAUCGUGAUCCUGGAUUGAUUGGUAUUCUCGGUGCUGCUGAUUUGCCCAUCCCUGAAAAGUCCAACAGACAUCCUUCUCCUUCUCAAACCUCACCUGAUCGUACCAAGCCUGAUCCUCGUCCUUUCUAUGGUAUCAUUUGUGAUGGUGUCCACGUUCAUCCUAACUCUGUUCGUAUUGCCUACUAUUCUCACCCCAGUGGUGCUGUUCUUGUCACUGAUACCCUUUCCGCUAUGGGUCUUCCCAAGGGUGAGUAUGUUCUCGGUGGUUGUGAAAUUGAAGUUGAUGAAAAGGGUGGUGCCUAUCUUAAGGGUACCAGAACUUUGGCCGGUAGUACUGUCACCAUUGAUGAAUGUAUCCGUAACUUCCAAAAAUUCACCAACUGUCCCUUGGUUGAAGCCCUCGAAGCUGCUACUCUCCAUCCUGCCCGUUUGUUAGGUAUUGAUAAGCAAAAGGGUACUUUGAAUGUUGGUGGUGAUGCUGAUUUGGUCUUCUUGGAUGACUCUACUGGUGAAAUCCAAGUGAAACGUGUCUUCGUUGCUGGUGAAGAAGUUGAAUUAUAAGAUGCUUCGACUCCUCUCUUCGUUCCACUCAAGGAUCUCUUCUAACGUAUCAUAUAUAUAUAUAAACCCAUCCAUCAUUGUCACAAGCGAACAUUGCAUACUACGCAUCCGUUAAACAACUCAUAUAUACUUCUCGCUUUUAUACUCUUCACUCUCUUUAAUUCUUAGAAAUAUUUUGUGAAAAAGAUAGUCCCUUUUCACCUUUUAUUUGUACUUUUA